CUUCGAUCUUUCUUUACAAUAAAACCAUCCUUGUUCCGAUAGCUUCUCUGAAAGCGUCACUUCGUGUUGCUUGCAAGGCCAUCGCCGAAAUCAUUUCACCCUGCGCCCCGUUGCUCCCAGCAAGAGUUGUAGACUUCAGCCAACUUCCAUCAUCAUUUCAUCUCAAUCCCCGAGUGAUCGACACAUCUCAACACCUCUUACGGAAAUCGCGGCCCAUACCAUCUCGAGAGUCUUUCCCCUCCAAAAUCCUCUUUAAGGGAUUGAGCUUUCUGCGGCACCAAGAUAUAUUUUCUUUUCGUUGCGAGUAUAACUGCUCGACCAUAUCCAGCUUGGUGAAGUUCUUGGGCGGCAACCCUUCUCGACCGAGUCCACUAGAACUUUCUCGAUUUUCGCCCCUCCAAAAGAAGUCUUCUGCAGCCACCAACCCGUGCUUGCUCAGCACUCACCACCACACAGUACCUCCAAUCGAAUGAGCACAGCUCGCUGUAGACACCACCUCAUUUCCGCCCUCCUCCAGUUUAUCCUCCCUUGUACCACUCGAGCGAUCUUGUAGGCCGGACCUCCUCCGACCAUUCCUCCACCUCUUGCCGCGAUUCCUCGCAUGUCGUCUUAAACUCAAUCGCGAUCGGCGCAGUUGCGCAACCACUUGCGAGAACACAUCUCAGUCACCAUGGACAACAGCCUCCCUCAGCAGCCGUCUCCUCCGUCAGACCCCGGCGCCCAUGGAGAAGCAUCUCAGUCUACGCAAAACACAUCUCCCACCACCACCUCAGACUCCAUACCCAAACCACCGUCGUUAAGUUCUCAAGACGGUGGUAUGGCUUCCUCCAUGAGCCCCUCCUCCGCACCCCUCGGUCCUACCAAUGCAGCGAGACGACCGGGACCUCUACCUGGUCGCGCUAGUGGCCUGAACUCUGAUAUACAAGCGAAGAUGAAGGCAUUUUCAUUGUCCAGGCAAGGUGCUCCCCCAUCUUCAACGCAAACUAUGCGGGGUGGGCAACAGCCGGCCGGUCCUGGCGGCUUCCUUGGUGGCCCUCUCACUGGAGCCUCACCAACUUCACCUACAUCUUCUCCUGCCAGUCUACGGUUGCCAGGUGGUCUAAGUCGGCCAAGUGCUCCCAGUUUUGGAUCAUCCCCGUCCCCUGUCAUGGGUUCCCCUAGAAUGGCCAGCCCACAGCCUCGGAUGCAGAUGGGCGGGCUUGCUGCCAAGAGAGGUAUCAAACCUGGUGGAAUGAAACUGUCCGAUGCACAAAAACCGCAGCCCGCCGGCCAAGAGCAAGAGAAGCAUGAUACCGGGUCUCAAUUCAACAAAUUUUCCAGCAUCAUAGACACGAAGAAAGGGACGUUGAAUUUCCAGAAUAAGGCCGUCAUUCACGGUAGUGGCAUCGAUUUUGCAGGAGGCAGUACCUUCUCGAUAUCCCUCGAUGAAGUUGACACGAUGGCUGAGCUAGGGAAGGGAAAUUAUGGGACAGUCUUCAAAGUACGACAUGCUCGGCCCAAGAUGCGGAGGCCCGGCCUCGGCUUGCGAGGCAACAUGGUUCGACAGGCAUCAGGACCGGUACCGAAUGAAGACGUAGACGGAGGGUCAGAUGCGCAGAACAAAGACCCGGGGACCAGUGGCCUUGUUAUGGCGAUGAAGGAGAUCCGACUCGAACUCGACGACACCAAAUUCGCACAAAUAAUCAUGGAGUUGGACAUCUUACAUCGUUGCGUUUCACCUUUUAUCAUCGACUUUUACGGUGCUUUUUUCCAGGAAGGCUCGGUUUACAUUUGUAUCGAGUACAUGGACGGCGGUUCAAUCGACAAAAUUUAUGGCGACGGAGUCCCCGAAGGGGUCUUGAAGAAGAUUACGCUGUCCACAGUCAUGGGUCUCAAGUGCCUGAAAGAUGACCACAAUAUCAUCCACCGAGACGUCAAACCCACCAAUAUCCUGGUCAACACUCGAGGACAGGUCAAGAUCUGCGAUUUCGGUGUCAGCGGUAACUUGGUCGCAUCUAUCGCCAAAACGAACAUCGGCUGUCAGAGCUAUAUGGCCCCGGAGAGAAUUUCGGGCGGUGGUGUGGCACAGGCUGGCGCCGGCGGAGGCUCAUACAGUGUACAGUCCGACAUCUGGUCUCUCGGCUUGACCAUCAUCGAAUGUGCCCUCGGUAGAUACCCCUAUCCUCCAGAAACUUACGACAACAUUUUUAGCCAGCUGAGUGCCAUUGUGGAUGGUGAUCCUCCGGAUUUGCCAGCCGACCGAUAUUCUGAAGCAGCAAUCGACUUCGUUCGUGGAUGUCUUAACAAGAUACCCCGACUCAGGCCGACCUAUGCAAUGCUGCUCCGGCAUGCUUGGUUGGCCCCAUUGAUGAAGCCACCCACCAUUUCCGAAGACGAGGAAGCUGAAGAGGCGGCCGAGGCUGGCAUUGAGUCAGCAUUUACUCAAAGCGCCGCCCCUGAUACGGCAGACAAGGAAGUGGCCAACUGGGUGAAAGCCGCCCUCGAAAAGAAGAAGGCAGGCAAGCUGGCGGUCAGCAAGAAACCUGCAUUGCACGAGGCACCAUUGGACGCUGUCCCUGGCAGUCCUCUACUUACACAGAAGGAAGCUGCCGCGGAGGCUGCUGCGGCUUCGGAGCUGCAAGCGCAUUCUGGUGUCCACGUUGAAUUUCCAGAUCUUCUGGCAGCGAAAGUGCAGGGUCUAGAUUUCGCAUCAUGAACGGCGAGGACACGGAUUGUUAUGACGACACUGAAAAAUCAGUGUAACGAAUAACGAGAAACGAAAAUACCUGAUAUCUAUGGUAAAGAAGGAGAAUCCUAUCAACUGUCAUGGUCCUGAAUGUGAUUAUGGGCCUGCGACAAUAGACUGUUGGCUCUACUAUUCAUCCUCUUACUAUUUCUCUUUGACAUCCGUAAUCACUGUACCCGCUGAUUGU